ACACACUUCUAGGCAUAAUAGUCGCGGCCCCUCCCCGUGCUUGUUCCCGUGUUUCUCCAGCUUUCAUCGGCUAAAACAGGCAAACGGACCGCCGGCCAGAACCGGACCGAACUUGGGCUCUUUUUCUCCGGUCACAAACGGCUUCAGUAACCCCGGAAGUGGCGGUUUAUGACGCACUUGUGUUGUUUCGCCCUGCGGUAAUGGAGGAGAGCUUCUGUUAGCUUUUAAAUCAUUUUAAAGUGACUCUGUGGGUGGUUAGCUAACGCCACUGCUCCACUUGCAGCAUCUUGCUCGGUUGUUUUGGUCGGUUAACCCUUGGAGGUGUUCAGUAUUAGCAGCCAUGCAGGCGGGAGGAUUCAGGACGGUUCUGGGACUAAUGGUGCUGCUGUGUUUGGGUUUCCAUCGCGGCGGCUCCUUCAACCUGGAUGUGGACAAACCCUCCGUGUUCUCCGGUCCGGAGAGAAGCUACUUCGGCUUCUCGGUGGACUUCUUCAAGCCCUCAAACAACCUGAACUCCGAUGUUCUGGUCGGAGCGCCGCGGGCGAACGCCUCGUCUACCGGCACCGUUGUGGAGAGAGGCGCCGUUUACAGCUGUCCCUGGAAGAGCUCCUCCGCCUGCCAGCAGCUGCUGUUCGACAGCUCAGAUGACAGGAAGAAUGGCCAAGGAGCUCAGAUGGAGUUUAAAUCCAAGCAGUGGUUCGGUGCCUCGGUACGAUCUGAUGGAGAACACAUCCUGGCCUGUGCUCCGCUGUAUCAGUGGUCGACCUUCGGCGUGUCUGAGCGAGAGCCGGUGGGAACGUGUUACCUGAAGAAAGGAGCGACCGUGGUCGAGUACUCGCCCUGCAGAUCAAGCGCUAACUCUCCUGAGGGGCAGGGCUUCUGCCAGGCCGGCUUUAGUGUCGACUUCCUCAAGAAGAGCAACAGAGUGGUGGUGGGAGGACCUGGCAGCUUCUACUGGCAGGGUCAGCUGAUUUCUGAUGACGUCUCAGAGAUUUUUGCCCGCUUUGACCAAAAAUACAUCACUCCGUACGGAAACACCCUCGCCACCAAGUCGGCUAGUGCUCAGUACGACGACAGUUACCUAGGAUACUCUGUGACUGUCGGAGACUUCAACUACGAUGGAAAAGAAGAUUAUGUGACCGGAGUACCUCGUGGAGACAAGGCGCUGGGUUAUGUGAACAUCUUCAACGGCCUGAACAUGGAGUCCAUGGUGAACUUCACAGGAACACAGAUGGCGGCCUACUUUGGACACUCUGUGGCAGCUUCUGAUGUUAAUAAUGACGGUCUGGUGGAUCUGUUUGUUGGAGCUCCUCUCUUCAUGGACAGAGGGUCAGACGGGAAACUGAGGGAGGUGGGACAGGUGUCGGUGUACAUGGGUCGUGGUGGAUUUUCCUUCCACCCACCUCAGUUGCUCACAGGGUCGGAUUUUUACGCCAGAUACGGUUCGGCCAUCACAGCGCUGGGAGACCUGAACAUGGACGGAUACAACGAUGUUGCCAUCUCUGCUCCGUACGGAGGCCCCGACCGUCAAGGUUUAGUCUACAUCCACAACGGCCGCCCCCAGGGGCCCGACCCCUCACCUUCCCAGGUCCUGCAGGGCAAGUGGGCGUCCAGCUACAUGCCUGCUAGCUUCGGAUACUCCAUGACUGGAAAUACUGACAUAGACCAGAAUGGAUAUCCAGAUUUAAUAGUGGGAGUGUUCGGAGCAGACAAAGCUGUUUUAUACAGAGCUCGUCCAGUGAUCAGUGUGAACGCCACGUUAGACAUGGCUCCUCAGAUUAUAAACCCCGAGGAAAAGACCUGCACACUUCCUGGUACCACCACGCUGGUGUCCUGUUUUAAGGUGAAGUACUGUCUGAAGGCCAGCGGCCGCGGAGCUCCAGCUACUCUCAAUUUCCGUGUGGACCUCCUGUUGGACCGUCUGAAGCAGAAGGAGGCGACCAAACGCGUCCUCUUCCUGUACACGAAGACCUUUCAGUACUCCAAGAACAUGACGGUGGGCAACGGCAAAGGCCCCGCCUGCGAGGAGCAGGACGUCUACCUGAGGGACGAUCGGGAGUUUCGGGAUAAGAUCACUCCCAUCUCCGUGGCGAUGGAGUACAGUCUGGACUACCAGCGAGCAGCGGACCCAACCGGACUGCUGCCCAUCCUGGACGUGUCGACGCCGUCCAACAUCACCAAGCAGGCUCACAUCCUGUUGGACUGUGGAGACGACAACAUCUGUAAACCCAACCUAAAGUUGUCGGUGAAGAGCGACCGUCAGCAGAUAUACAUCGGUGACGACAACGCUCUGACUCUGGAGAUCAGCGCCGAGAACCAGGGAGAGGGAGCCUACGAGGCCGAGCUGCACGUCUACCCUCCGCAGCAGGCCGACUUCACCGGCGUAGUCCGCAGUCAGACCCUCAGCCGGCUGUCCUGCGCUUACAAGAAGGAGAACCAGACCAAGAUGGUGGUGUGCGACCUGGGAAACCCCAUGAAGGGAGGAACCAAGGUGGUGGCGGAGUUGAAGUUCAGCGUGCACCAGCUGUCGGAGGAGGACACGUCGGUGAAGUUCGACCUGCAGAUCGUCAGCUCCAAUCAGUUCGACAACACCAGUCCUCGAGUGUCCAGCAUCACCAGUCUGGCUGUCCUCGCUAAAGUCUCCAUCAGAGGGACAUCGUCCCCCGGUCAGGUUCUGCUUCCCAUCGCCAACUGGAAAACUAAAGAGCCCCCUGUGGUCGGAGACGACAUCGGACCACUCAUAGUACACGUCUACGAGCUGCUGAACAGCGGGCCCAGCACCAUCAGCAAGGCGUCUCUGGAGGUGGAAUGGCCGUCCCGGUAUAAGAACGGCUCGCUGCUCUACAUCACCAGCUUCGACACGGACGGACCCAUCAACUGCACCUCCGACACGGAGAUCAACCCGCUCAACGUCUCGAACCCGUUGUCCUCGGCGAAGAACACAAGCGGCGUUCCCCCCAGAGAACGAGAGACGGAGGGACGGAACCGAAACAGCGCCCGCAAGAAGAGAGACCUGGAGUCAAGAGACACAAACAACGACCUGCAAACACUGGACUGCAGCACAGCGGUGUGUCUGCGGCUGAAAUGUCAGGUCGGUCGUCUGGAGAGGAGUAAGAACGCCAUCCUCUUCAUCUACUCCAGACUGGCUGUCAGCAACUUCCUCAGGGCGGAGAAUCAGAACCGUUCUUACGUGGUACGAUCGACAGCCUCCUUCAGUGUCAUCGAGAUGCCGUACAAGAACCUGGUGUCAGAGCUACCGUCCAACAGCACCACUGUGAGUGUGUCGGUGAUGUGGCUGGCGGACGAUGCUCAGCCGGUCCCGGGCUGGGUCGUGGCUCUGGCGGUGCUGGCAGGACUGCUGCUGCUGGCGCUGCUCAUCUUCAUCAUGUACAAGUUGGGUUUCUUUAAGCGUGUCCGGCCCCCGCAGGAGGACUGCACAGAGAAGGAGCAGCUGCAGCCGGAGGAGAACGGGAACACCGACGCCUAGACGUCCAACUGUCGGUUCAGACAGGACGCAUUCAGGGUAAAACGGGCAGAGAGGUUCACUGUGUUCACUGUAGAGAGGCAGAUUAUGGUACUGGCUUACACUUCUAUAAAGGUUGUUUUGUUUUUUUAAACUCGUCAUGUUGUGUUUGUGCCAAAAGAGAAGCUCCACCUGAGAUGCACUGGUCACAGAUGAAAUCCUCAAAACUCCAAUUUAAUAUUUUAAAGUUAACGGAACGUUGUGGGAAAAUUAAACUUAUUUGCUUUGUCUCCGAGAGUCAGAUGUUCCUCUCUCAAGUCUGUAUAGUCAAUAUGAAGAUAAAGCUUAGGUUAGCUUAGCUUAGCAUAAAGACUGAAAACGGGGGGGGGGGGACCCUGGCUCUUACACAGAUAUCUGAUCAACUGGAUACAUCGUUGGAGUCGGAGUCCCCUUCAUUCCUCUGAUAGCUGCCCAGUGGCGCAUGAAGCCAAAAAAGUUGAAAUUCCUUGUAUAAAAUGACCCAAAUAAUCGGUGUCGCUUCCAUUCCGUGUGUCUCGUAGAGCCAACUACUUUCUUUUCAGCACUCCGCUAACUUGAAUGCAGAUUAAAUGAUUUAAUGGUGCAGCUCUUCUAAACUUUCCAAAUGUUAUCGGACCGAAUGGAUUAGGGAUGCAC